AUGCCCAAAGUCUUCCUGGUGAAGAGGAGGAGCCUGGGGGUCUCGGUCCGCAGCUGGGAUGAGCUCCCGGACGAGGAGAGGGCAGACACCUACAUCCCAGUGGGCCUGGGCCGUCUGCUCCACGAUCCCCCAGAGGACUGCCGCAGCGACGGCGGCAGUAGCACCGGCGGCGGCAGCAGCAGCGCGGGGGAGCCGGGAGGCGCAGAGAGCAGCUCGUCCCCGCGCGGCCCGGAGCGCGAAACCCCAGAGCCCGGCGACGGCGAGGGCCCGGAUGGACACCUGGCGGCGAAGCAGCGCCCGGUCGCCAGGUCGAAAAUCAAGUUCACCACAGGCACCUGCGGCGAUGCGGCCCUGCAUAGCUGCGACCUGUGCGGCAAGGCCUUCCGUCUGCAGCGCAUGCUCAACCGGCACCUCAAGUGCCACAGCCAGGUGAAGAGGCACCUGUGCAGCUUCUGCGGAAAGGGCUUCAACGACACCUUCGACCUCAAGCGGCAUGUGCGCACGCACACAGGCAUUCGCCCCUACAAGUGUGACGUCUGCCACAAAGCCUUCACCCAGCGCUGCUCCUUGGAGUCCCACCUGAAGAAGAUCCAUGGGGUGCAGCAGCAGUACGCCUAUAAGCAGCGCCGGGAUAAGCUAUACGUCUGCGAGGACUGCGGCUACACGGGCCCCACCCAGGAGGACCUGUACCUGCACGUGAACGGUGCCCACCCCGGCAGUGCGUUCCUCAAAAAGACAUCCAAGAAACUGGCAGCUCUCUUGCAAAACAAGAUGACAUCCUCGCUCCAGGGAAACACCAACCUGAGCGAGGAGGAGGAGAAGUAG